AUGCCUUUAAGAAAUCUGACAGAAACACACAACUUUAGUAGCACAAACCUGGACACGGAUGGUACAGGGGACGAUCGUGAUCGUUCUGCUCUUUCUCCAUCUCCAUCUUUUGAACAACAGAAUGACAACAAUACCGACAACAAUGCUGGUCUUACGAACCCUUUUAUGGGGAGUGACGAAGAAUUUAAUGAGCGUGAUGGAGAGUCUCUUUCUUCUUCUGUUCAUUAUCAGCCACAGGGGAGUGACUCUUCGCUACUUCAUGACAAUUCUCGUUUAGAUUUAAGUCAAAAUAAUGGUGUAUCUGAUUACAAAGGUUACUAUUCAAAGAACAACAGUAGAGUUGUGAGUACGGCUAAUGAUAACACAUUUCUUCAGCCACCACAUAGAGCCAUAGCCUCUUCCCCUUCUUUGAAUUCUAAUUUGUCCAAGAAUGAUAUUCUCUCGCCGCCAGAAUUUGAUAGAUAUCCCUUAGUAGGUUCCAGAGUCACUUCUAUGACCCAACUGAACCACCAUGGUCGCUCGCCAACAUCAUCUCCAGGAAACGAGUCGUCCGCAUCAUUCUCUUCUAAUCCAUUUUUGGGCGAGCAAGAUUUUUCACCAUUUGGUGGAUAUCCUGCUUCAUCUUUCCCACUUAUGAUAGAUGAAAAGGAAGAAGAUGAUUAUUUGCACAAUCCUGACCCUGAAGAAGAGGCAAGGCUGGAUAGAAGGAGGUUCAUAGAUGACUUUAAAUACAUGGAUAAAAGGUCUGCUAGUGGACUAGCUGGUGUAUUACUUUUGUUUCUGGCAGCCAUCUUUAUUUUCAUUGUUUUGCCAGCGUUGACUUUUACCGGUGCUAUUGAUCACGAAAGCACCGUCGAAGAAGUUACGUAUUUAACUCUAUAUCAGUAUCCUCAACUAUCCGCUAUUAGAACAUCUCUGGUUGAUCCAGACACGCCUGAUACUGCGAAGACAAGAGAAGCUAUGGAUGGUUCUAAGUGGGAAUUGGUAUUUUCCGAUGAGUUUAAUGCAGAAGGCAGAACAUUUUAUGAUGGAGAUGAUCCAUACUGGACAGCCCCUGAUGUUCACUACGAUGCCACUAAGGAUUUGGAAUGGUAUAGUCCAGAUGCUUCUACUACUGUGAACGGUACCUUGCAGUUGAGAAUGGAUGCCUUUAAGAAUCAUGGCUUAUAUUACAGAUCAGGUAUGUUACAAAGUUGGAAUAAGGUCUGUUUCACUCAGGGUGCCCUAGAAAUUUCUGCAAAUCUACCAAACUAUGGUCGUGUUUCAGGUUUAUGGCCCGGUCUUUGGACUAUGGGUAAUUUAGGAAGACCCGGUUAUUUGGCUAGUACCCAAGGUGUCUGGCCCUAUUCUUAUGAAUCAUGUGAUGCUGGUAUUACGCCCAAUCAAAGUUCCCCAGAUGGUAUUUCUUACUUGCCAGGACAAAAGUUAAGUAUUUGUACUUGUGAUGGUGAAGAUCAUCCAAAUCAAGGUGUUGGUAGAGGAGCUCCAGAAAUUGAUGUUCUGGAAGGUGAAACUGAUACCAAGAUUGGUGUAGGUGUAGCCUCUCAAUCCUUGCAAAUUGCACCCUUUGAUAUCUGGUAUAUGCCUGACUAUGAUUUCAUCGAGGUUUACAAUUUCACGACAACAACCAUGAACACUUAUGCAGGUGGUCCAUUCCAACAAGCCGUGUCUGCUGUCUCCACUUUGAAUGUAACUUGGUAUGAAUUCGGUGAAUAUGGUGGUUAUUUCCAAAAAUACGCCAUUGAAUAUUUGAAUGACGACGAUGAUGGUUAUAUCCGCUGGUUUGUUGGUGAUACUCCAACUUAUACUAUUCAUGCUAAAGCUUUACAUCCUGAUGGUAAUAUUGGUUGGAGAAGAAUUAGUAAAGAACCAAUGUCCGUUAUUCUAAAUCUGGGUAUUUCCAACAAUUGGGCUUAUAUCGAUUGGCAGUAUAUUUUCUUCCCAGUGGUCAUGUCGAUUGACUAUGUGAGAAUAUACCAACCAAGUAACGCUGUAUCCGUGACAUGCGAUCCAAGUGACUAUCCAACAUAUGAUUAUAUUCAAUCGCACUUAAAUGCAUUCCAGAAUGCAAACUUAACUACUUGGGAAGAUGCUGGUUACACGUUCCCUAAGAAUAUCCUAACUGGUAAAUGUUCUAGCUCGAAAUUCAAAUUAUCUUCUUAA